AACUCAGUGGACGGACGUAGAUCAGAUUUGAGCUGGGACGGAGGUCAAUGUGCUGUAUCAGACUACUACAAACAGACUGCAACAUGGUGGGUAAACCUGACCAACAUCCACAGCAUCCAUCACAUCACCAUCUACUUCAUGAUGGAGAGCUUAUUUUUGGGAUCCUUUAGGGAUUUAUCAACCGCACUCUUGGGCUUUUCUCUGUACGUCUCAAAUACAACAAACCGAUUACAAGGAACAUUAUGCUUUAAAGACGACAUCUUUACAAAAAGGACAUUACCUGCAAUUUUCAACAUAUCCUGUCAUAUACAUGGACAAUAUGUGGUCUACUACAAUGAGAGACUACCAGGAGUUGUCUAUCCUGAUGAAUAUCUUUCGGUUGUCGUGAGCGAUCUCUGUGAAGUGGAAGUAUAUGGCUGUCCAGCAACUGGUUAUUACGGACCCAACUGUUCUAUUCCUUGUCCAGUAACAUGUCGAUACUGUCACGUAGAGACGGGCACCUGUCUGGGUUGUAAACCUGGGUACCAAGGUCAUCGCUGUGAGUCAGAAUGCAUGGAUGGGAAGUACGGGGACGGUUGUCAGAGUGACUGUGGACAUUGUGAUAAUCUGACUCACUGUCACCAUGUCAACGGGACGUGUGUGAGUGGUUGUCUACCAGGAUACAAACUUGAGCAAUGCAAGGAACCUUGCGAUGGAGGUUGGUAUGGCACUGACUGCAAUGAGCAAUGUGGACAUUGUCGCGAGGAAAACCAGUGUGUCAAUACCAAUGGAGCAUGUUUACUUGGUUGCACUGCUGGCUAUCAAGGAGAAAUAUGUAAAUUACCUUGCCCACAUGGAUAUUAUGGAGAAGACUGUUCUAAGAGAUGUAAAGAUACGUGUGUUGGAUGUAACAAUGUCAAUGGUUUGUGUGAGUCUGGAUGUAUCGCUGGUUGGACGGGGGAUCUCUGUCAAUCGAAAUGCAUGGAUGGAAAGUAUGGUGACGGGUGUCAGUAUGACUGUGGACAUUGUGAUAAUCUGACUCAGUGUCACCAUGGCAACGGGACGUGUGCGAGUGGUUGUCUACCAGGAUACGAACUUGAACAAUGCAAUGAACAAUGCAUGGAUGGGAAGUACGGGGACGGUUGUCAGAGUGACUGUGGACAUUGUGAUAAUCCAACUCAAUGUCACCAUGUCAACGGGACGUGUGCGAGUGGUUGUCUACCAGGAUACAGGCUGGAUCAUUGCCAGGAACCAUGUCCCAAAGGAUAUUACGGUCGGGACUGCAACGAGGCAUGUGGACAUUGCCGUGACAGAAGUCAAUGCUCUCAUACGAAUGGAACAUGUUUAACCGGAUGUAAUGAUGGAUACCAUGGAGAGAUGUGUAAAGCUCCUUGCCCACAUGGGUCAUUUGGUAAAGAGUGUUCCAAGAAAUGCAGCGAAACGUGUGUUGGUUGUAACAAUGCCAAUGGUAUGUGUGAUUCUGGGUGUGUCGCAGGUUGGACAGGGAUCUUCUGUCUAUCAGGUAUUGAAUAUUAUCUGUAAACAUAGCCUAUAUUCAUUAUUUUGUGAUAUGUUAAUUCAAUUUAUCAAAGGUUUGAAAUCCUCAAACAUUUAAUUAUUUUUGUCCAGCAAAAACAGGUUAUCAAUUUACAUGAUAUUAAAUUACAACAAUCUAAUUGAUCGAUUUUUCCCGAGGUUGCAUAAAAAGGAACCGAAACGAAAAAAUCUCCUCUAAUGCGUCAAUCUAGAGUCUCGUCGCGAAUCGCGUCAUAUGAUAUCCAACCAUUCGCGCUUACUAUUUUUAAGACCUGGCAUAAAAAGAUCUUCAUAUUUUUAUUCAAAUGUUUUCAUACUCAUAUUUGUUAUUUUUUGCUAUUUUAAUAUGGAAGUAUAAUGGAACAUUGCAAUUUCUAGAACAUUUUGUUCGUUUAUUGAAACGUUACUUGAAUUAAUGAACUUGAAAUAAGGUGAAAAAAUACAAAAAAUAUUGCUGUUUUUGGUUGUUGUGAACGCUGUAAUUUUCAAUCUUCUUAAUGAUACAACAUUUUUUAGUUUUUUAAUUUGUAUCAUAUAGAAAUGAUAUGAGGUGAUAUGGAACACAAAAGAUCUAAAUGUUCUUAUCAAAUUAAAAGAAAAUGAAAUGAUUAAUCUCAUAUAUAAGAUUGAAUUGAUGACUACUGGUGUUUAUCAAGCGAAGUUCUUUGUCCCUGUAUUGUAAACCUCUUUGAUGAAAUGAAAUAAAAUUUUACAUUAUUUCAAUUACCCAGAGAAUGAACUUAUUUAGCUUCUAGUGCGCUCCGCAAUCUCUGACAUCCAUCUUUCUGGAAAUGGAAUAAAACAACGCAUUCCCUGUGUAAUUUCAGGACGCAUGCUAUCAUCUUUUUAUCUUUACCAUACACAUGUCUUUACAAUGUUUUCAUCAUACUGUGAUAUUUAUCAAGUUGAUGCACCCGACAUGAUGGUAAUUGUCAACGGUAAUGGCCAACAACAUUUUCCCGACUCUAAAUGGCCGUUUAGAGACAGCAACAAACAUAAGAGAUAUCGUUAUAGCAUGAA